AUGGAGUCUUCCAAGCCACCCUCCGGAGAAUCAUCCGUCCAACAUCCAAGCAUUCUGAAUCCUGUAAUGACAAAGUCGAACCUGAGUUUUCAUUUGUUUCCACAACUCCCCAAGGAAAUCAGAGAAAUGGUUUGGACGCAGAGUCUCACCUGUGAGCGUUAUAUCGCGGUUGAGCUUUGGUCCAGAAGCGUGCGAGGUGGCGGAUUCUAUCUACAGAAAUCAUUGUCCCGCGGCCCACCUGUCGAUGAACAGUACAGACUAGUACUCGUCAAUCCCCCCAGGCCUAGUGCUAUUUUCGGUACCAGUACCGAAUCUCGUGCGAGCGCUUGUCGAUUCUAUAGGGUGCAUCUUCCUUGCUUCCUCUUAAGGCGAUCACAGUCAGCCGCACCGGGAACGUUUUGGUUCAACCCUGAACUAGACACUCUGGAGAUUCGAGGAUUAGAGAGCUUUACGAACUUUGCACAUGACUUUUGGCGCCAUGACUGUCAAAAGGCGGGACUACGCAAUGUUUGUUUUGAUGCCAGGACUCGUCUCUCCUUUGAUGACUUUUACCAACUUGCUGCUUCUCCUGACCAGCUGCGCCAAGUUGUCAGCCGACUUGAGCAUGUCACCUUUAUUUAUUAUACUGAGGAUGAUAGGGUAGACAUGGCUUUCCGUAGGUAUUCUAACUGGGCCCCUAGCUACCCGCGCACAUUGCACCAUUUGCGCUCGCUUCCCAUUGCAGGGGCUACUGGUAGCUUUUCACGGCAGCGGGAUCUACGUCCUAUGGAGGACGGCAUCCUCAAUUGCGCCUUCAUCUCUGCCUUCUUUGAUGUUGGCCGAAUCGUGAGGAGUUGGCAGAGCGGGUUUCGGCGACUAAGAGCGACAAAGCCAUGCGACUUCAGGCUCGCAUAUGCAACCGGCGCAUUCCAGAUUCCAUUCAUUGCUGAUAGAGCGGAUGCUAUGGAGUAUCUCAUGGACGAAGAAGAAAAGUGGCAAGAGUGUUUUGACAACGCAUCAGCGUCGCCCCCGAGAGGGCCAUGGCUAUUUCUGAAUGGGGUCCCCGAGCAGCUUGAUAGCCAACUUCAAACUGCAUUUGGGUUUUGGACCGUUUCCCUCGAGCCUCAGGAUCAAGUUGCUAGUGACUAUCCACACCAACCAGAGCUAUGCUUAUUUCAUUUAUGA